AUGUCAAGACAUGACAGCACUUACUCGACAUAUAUAACAGUUCCGUCGUCGAGGAUCUGUCGCUCCCAUCCUUUCAACGCAAAUGUCAACCAAUUAAUUGAAGUCACCGAAAGGCAGUUCUCCGGCCACUCGUUUCCGUUUGCCGGUCAGUGGAUGUGUCCAUUGCGUCGACUUCUGCUGAUGACUACCGAUAUAACGGAUCCGUUAGUCUUUCCCGUCACUGUUAUGAUGAUCUCUUACGGACAGGUGAUUGUCUGUCAAUUGGCUGCUGUGGUGACUGUCAUCGGCGGUGAUAACACAACAAGACAUGCUCGCAACAGCUCGUCCACACAGAUCAUCGAUGACUCGCACCACAAGUGGAUCCACUCGAUAAUCCUUAACGUUCUUUGCUAUGCGGCUGUUCUGUGGGCUAUAUUCAGGACGUGGUGUUGGGCGAAGAGGAAUGGAAAGACUGCCAUCGAUAUGAUGACAAUCGUGGAGUUUAUGGUCAACACAAUGGCUAUGAUCUCGAAUGUGUUCUUCUUCGUGAACGUGUUGUUUGCCAUCAAAGUGUUCAUAAUCUAUAAGAAGCAGUCGAUGGCGGACACGACUCAUACAGUAUUGUCUGAAUCCCAAGAAACAACUUUAAUAACUUAUAUCAUAAUUGCCUUUUGCUUGAAAUGCGUUCACUUGUUAUACCAAUUGCUGGUCAUCUCUACUAUCGAUGUAUUCUUCAUCGACUGGGAGAGGCCUAAGAAGAGAGACACCACUUCUAUGGCUAUAUCUCUAACCAAAUCACCGGCCAUUGCCUUGAAUGACACCCAAAAUGCAAACGCAGAGAUUAGUGACCGCCAUAAUAGGCCCAGACUUAGCAUCAGUGGAUCCCUAUCAUCCCCGUCGCCCAAACUAAUAGCAGACAAACCAUUGUAUGAAUUCCCAAACGUAACCGUUUGGAGGACUAAUUUCGUGGCCAAUGAAUGGAUGGAAUUGUGUGGACACAGACGCCUCAGUCUUAGUAUCCAUAUAUUGCUUGUCAUUCUGGUUUUGGACUACGCAAAUUUCGCAAACUUAGCCCAAACUGAGGCUAAACAUUGGCUGCCAAGAGAUGAAUCUCAAGACGAGUCACAGCCAUAUGUACUCAUGAGUAGAACGGGUCGGCUCUCAAUCGGAGCACUUAUCAGUUUGUUUGCGAUGCAAUACAAACGGUUUGGUUAUUAUAUCCACGGAUUGGCAGCGAAUGGCAAAAGUGACGUAAAUAUGUUGGAAAUGUAUGAACAACUGGAACGGGAAGAGAGCGAUCUCUGCUCUAAACGCGGACUUCUGCCGAAUACGGAUCAGCAGACAUUCACGAUGUCUUUGCCGUCCGCUAUCGAUGAACACUACCGCAGAAUUCGGUCAAAUCUGUCGGGUUUUGUCAAAAUAAGUGACAGAAUGCGCUCAUUUGGCGCCCAUUUAUCCAAAGCCGACACCGAGAAACUGAUCCCAACGUAUCUCAUGAUUAAUAAAUUUUUGACCGGUUUUAUUGAACAUAACUUUAAGGACGUUGAUUAUAUGGUUCGCGAGAAGUCCACUGUUGAGUUAGUACUGGACGUGGAGUUUGCUGACACUAGAGAUAAGGGAUACUUUUAUAGCGAUAAUGGUCACUCCUUCGAGGCCAUUCUAUUCUAUGGCUCAGAGUUUACUCUUACCGUGUUUGUGUGUGUCAAUGGUUACGACUACUAUCUGACCCCCAAUUAUGGAGCGUUCGUUAUAAGGGAAAGUUUAUGUCAGAUUUAG